AUGAGGCCAGCUAUUCUUCGUUCAACAUCCUCUUCUCUGACUAUCCUCUGGGGAACAGCAAUCUGCUGUAUACUCAGCAGUAUCCAGCCAGCUCAUGGAGAUCUUAUAUCCGACCUCACUUCGAAAAGCAAUUUUACAGUGCUCACGCCUUCCAGUCCGGGUUAUGCAAAUGCUAGCACGGCAUUCAACCUGAGAUUUACAUUUAAGCCUGCUGCCGUUGCCUAUCCCACCACACCUCAGCAAAUAUCAACCAUCUUGUCGUUGACUACCAAGUAUAAUCACCAGGCCGUCGCUCGAUCCGGAGGUCACAGUUAUAUUGCCAAUGGUCUUGGUGGUAAAGACGGAGUCGUCGUCGUCGACAUGAGCAAUUUCAAAACUGUAACUGUCGACUCCCAGACCAAGGUGGCGAGCAUUGGCGUAGGAAAUCGAUUAGGGGACGUCGCUUUGGCCCUUAACGCGCAUGGAAGAGCGUUGCCGCAUGGGACUUGCCCAUAUGUAGGUGUUGGCGGGCAUUCUGGCCACGGUGGAUAUGGGUUUACCUCACGAAAAUGGGGGCUCACUUUGGAUACUAUCCAAGCCAUUGAUGUUGUACUCGCCGACGGGACAAUUCUCAACGGUGUCUCUAACUCGAAGCAUUCCGAUUUAUUCUGGGCCCUUCGCGGUUCCUCCUCGUCAUUCGGAAUAGUGACCACAAUUCAUACCAACACCUUUGCAGCACCUCCUUCUACUACUUCCUUUGAGUAUCAAUGGGAUUUCAGUGUAUCUGAAGCCGUAGCUGCGACGGCCGCCUUCCAAGCCUACGUUGUCUCACCUAACCUUCCGCAAGAAAUGGGGUCGGAAAUUGUCCUCGGUGCUGGCUCCUCCAAAGGGCGCAUCUCAUUUGGUUUGACGGGCGGAUGGUACGCUCCGGCAGAUCAAUACGAUGCUGCUCUUCAGCCGUACCUCAAAAAUUUGCCAAAGCCGCAAAGUGCUACGGUGAUCAAUGGAAGUUAUAUUGAUAGCGUACAGUUCUUCGGUGGAAUUGGACGACUCAAUACGACGGGAAUUCCUGAUGGACAUGAUACUUUCUACGCAAAAUCUCUAAUGACACCCGAAAGCGCCCCAAUGUCAAACAAAUCUCUCACCGCAUUUUACACAUAUCUCGCAAAUGAAGGUUUCACGGCUAAUACGGCAAGUUUACAAAAUUAA